AUGGCCAGAAGAGAUGAUGAUGCAGAGCACACAAAACGACGCACGAAUAGCGUUGAGAAUAGCAGUAGCGAAGACGAUUCAGAAGAUGAUGAAAAGAGUCAAACAUAUCUCGGCUUUAGCGGCCGAAUGGUCUCUUCAAAAGACGUCUACGAAUUGGACGCUUUUGCCACGAAAGUUGGCGGCGAACCAAAUUUCAAGUUCGCCAACGAUGAUGAUGACGCGUCCGAAAGAGCGAAUAAUGUGUUUUUGAGAGAGGAGCAAAUGCGAUGUACAUCGUGCGAGAGUAAACUCUCGCUGAUUUUCCAGGCGUACGCGCCGUUGACAAGGACGAGAGACGGAACAGAGGAAGAUAUUCUCGAGCGAACGUUGUACGUGUUUUCGUGCACAAAUUUUCAAAACUGUUGUCCUCCUCCUAAUAGCGAAUCGACGAUGGGAGGAAAGUGGCGAGCGUUUCGAGUGCAAAAGAGAACACGGAAAGGGAAUGAGACCACGAGCGAAAAUAGAAGGGAUGUGAAUAAUGCGAAGAAGGAAGAGUGUUUGAAUGAAAACGAAAAUUUGUUUGGAACGAACGACGAUUGGGGAUGCGCGGAGAGCAAAGACGAUUGGAACGGCGAAGCGAAGAAUGGAGCGAAGAAAGAAGAGGAAGAGUCUUUGGAGCAGCUGACGAAACAGUUGGACGAGGUGAUGUUGAAAGAAAAAGAGAGGAAAAAGGCGGUCGAGUUGCUCGAAGAAGAAGAAGGAGGCGAUGAAACACUCAUUGAAUCGUAUCACGAAGACGCCCCAAACGCGUUGCCGGAAUUUUACGUGUGUUCAGAUUUGGAGCCUACGAAGGCCGAGGCGAAGAGAAAGGCGUUAGGUUUGAGUGCGAAAGUAGAUUCCAUGUUGAAUAAGUACGCGCAAGAGGAAGGUUUGGAGGUUUCGGAGAUUGAGAAGAGUUUGCUCGCGUUGCACGCCGGAGGGAAAGCCGUGGAGAUGAAGGACAUGAUGGACGAAUCUGGGACGAAGGAAGUGUCUUCCUCGUGGCAAGGCGAAACGUACGAAAAAGGCGAAUCCAUCAACGCGUCCGAACAGUAUUUGAAAUUUCAAAAACGCAUAGCUCGAGCGCCGGCGCAAAUCGCUCGAUAUUGCUUUCGAACGCGCGAUUGCGAUAUCGUUUGGCCAGACGGCGAUUUGCCGACGAGAAAAUCAAAACCGUGCGAGAAAUGCAAAGGCAAACGCGAAAUGGAGUUACAGUUAACCCCUGGAUUGUUAAAAGAAAUCGAAGACGCUUUACGAUUGCGCGCGAAGGCUGGGAGGAAAGGUGGGAUUUCGGAAUCCGAUGCGAUUGCGUUCGAUUUCAAUUCUGUAGGAAUCUGGACGUGCACAAACUCGUGUUUCGAUGGGAGCGAGACGACGUGCGUUCGGGAGGAGGAGGUUUUCGUCGCGACGGAUGGUAUAGACCAAUCCGUAUUAGCAAAAUUAGCCGCCGCUAUAUAG